UCCGUUGAGAAGGGUCUUGCUGCAGUGUUUCCGGUCGAGGGGAGCCACAGGCAGCCAGGCUUGUUGAUCCGUUAGCCGUCCUGUUAGCUUGUUAGCUUCCUCGUUGUGGCGUUAACCUACUGCACUUGUAUUAGUUUUUUCCUUUGACAUUUACAGUUACAUUUCCAAACACCUUUGACCGGGUAGCUGAUAGAUUGCACGUUGUUGCGAAUACGUAAAAGACGACAUUGACGGAACUAACUUGGUACCAUCUCUAGCUAACUUCAAACUUGUAUCGUUUGUAUGUUUUCGUGCUAAAUAUCAAUGGCAGACUUUUGGAACACAGACACCGGAGAAGCUGUGUAUCGAUCCCGGGAUGCAGUCAAAAACCUGAGAAUAAAGGUGCGUAUCGAGCGGGUGACCUCCACAGCAGCCCUCUCUCAGCACCUGCAGAAGGAGUUUCUGUCCCAGAAAAACAGAGGAGCCAUCGAGCUGGAAACCCUCACACAAGGCCAGACAGGUGAUAAUGAGGAGGAACUGGAGGUGGGCUGGCAGGAGAAACUCUUCAGUAAGUUUGAGAUGGAGCUGUACCAGGAUGAGGCAGUAUGUCAGACGCCUCUGGACCGGCAGUACCACACAGAAGUCAAGGCCCUGAACCGGGCCAGGGGCAGAAAGAAUCACAGGAUUUUCACGUACACCGAUCAUGACCGCUACACCAACUAUCUUCCAUUCCAACAACUGCAGAACCCCACUGACAUAUUAACCACAACCAAAUCCAGCCCCACUUUCCUCGCUGAAAGGAUGGCCAGCAUAAGACACAGACGGCAGGACAGACGUACCAUGGACUGUACUAUCCCCGUGUCAAAAAUCAUCAACUGGGAGCCCACAGAGGAGUUUGUGAAGAACAGUCAUGUGGUUCAUAAUUCUAUGCAGACCAUGCACAUCAUGGGAGACCUGGGACCCCCUGGAAGGCUGGGUCAGACAGAGAAUGAAUAUUUGCUGUUUACCUUAAAAACAGAUGGCAGUGGAACAGUCGUCCUAAAACCGGACUUCAACAAAGGCAGGGAGCCCUACAGAAUUGUCACUGAGGGGGACAAGAGAGAAGUUUGGCGUCUUACUGUGGAGAAUGUGUCCACGGCCAUGAAACCAGACGAAAAGGACAUGGAGCAGAACAUGUAUAAAGAUCUGUAUGUAAGCCACAAGGAGUACCUCAAUAGCCUUGUUGGACAGGACUUUGAAAUGCCUCCUCUAGGUGUUCUGCGUUACGUCAUGAACGGAGAAAUAGUCUCAGCUCAAGGCUUUGAAUAUGAUAACCUAUACAUCCACUUCCUCAUGGAACUACCCAACAAUUGGUCCAGUUUGCCAUUUCAGUCUCUCUCAGGCGUCACCCAGGCCUGUCGGACCAAAACAUUACGGAAGGAAAACGUCGCUUUCUUCAGUUUCCCCUUCAGCUUUGAGGCUUUCUACAUGAGUGAGAAGGAGAGUGAAGAAUCAGUUCCGCAGUGGCCAGUUCUAUACUUCAAAGUUCUUUCCCUGACCUCCUGGCAGCGCUAUCGAACCGAAGGCUACGGCUAUGUGCUUUUUCCUGCCAUACCUGGUAAACAUAAAAUAACAUGCCAUACAUGGAGACCCUUUCAGACGGGGACAGUCUCUGCACUGAGACGCUUCUUUAUUGGAGGAUCUCCAGAGCUUGAAGACCACAGCUACGUCCGAGUACCAGGGACCUUCAAGGGAGAGAGACUGAGUCGCUUUGGCUUUUCCACUGAAACCACAGGAAGUGUCACCUUUAAUCUGCACUGCAUCCAGCAAGCCAGGUCCUUUGUUGAUGCCACCAUGUUGAAGAAGAGGAGGCAGAAAGUUUUUGACCAGUUGGGAGGAUUUAGUCAGCAAGGAGCUGUCUGCACCAUCCUGGAGGCCUUCCACAAUGCCAGAAGAAAGAUGCAAGAGGCCAGAGAAAGCCUUCCCAGAGACCUCAUCAACGCCACCUCCCAACUCCAAAUGGAAUCCUCUACAUAGAAAAAACAUUGUCAUUCUCUCCAAUAUAUUUUAGUGCCCAAAUGGUGUAGACCUACUAAUAUGAAGUAUAGAAUUGAGGUGAAAUAUGCAGCAAGCUUGAAUUGCCAAUUCAAAUAUUUCACAGUUUCGGUGUUUUGCCGAUAACAUAGAAUAAUGGUGCACUGUGACAAGUCGGACAAAAGAAAAAUAGUGGUUAAUUGCUGUUUAAUCCUUGACAUCUAUCAUGGUGGGAGGGGCAAUAAUUGGGGUACAAUAUGGAUUUACAUGGUAAUGAUGUGGUAAUGGAGCAACGCCAAUAUGCCUAAGGUGUCAUCACGCACCGUAUUCUCUGAAAACUGAUUUAAUGGACAAUAAACUAUUUAUUUAUUUAUUCAGAUUUGAACAGUAUACAUUCCACAGUUUUAAUCAUGUAACAAGUAUCACAAUUGUUGUAACAUAAACUUUUUAUAUGAACCCUAA